AGGCGGCUGGCUGGUGCUGGGCGGGCGGGCCCCGGAAUUGUCAUUUCUUUGUUUCCGAAGGCGGAGGAGGCUCUGAGCCCCCCCUCCCCGUGCCACCCCCUCCCCCCGGGUGCUGGCUCCAUGUCUGUGUGACCGGCCCCAGGGGUAGAGUCCAGGCCCGACGCGGGGCGGGCCGGCGGCGGCGGCGGCUGAGGUGAGAGGCGGCGGUGGCGGCGCGGGCACCGGCCCCCCAACGGGAGGAUGAAGCGGCGGAACGCCGACUGCAGUAAGCUUCGCCGCCCCCUAAAGCGGAACCGGAUCACCGAGGGCAUCUACGGCAGUACAUUUUUAUACCUGAAAUUCCUGGUAGUGUGGGCACUUGUCCUCCUUGCAGAUUUUGUCCUGGAGUUCAGAUUUGAAUACCUGUGGCCAUUCUGGCUUUUCAUCAGAAGCGUCUAUGAUUCCUUCAGAUACCAGGGACUGGCCUUCUCAGUAUUUUUUGUUUGUGUAGCAUUCACAUCCAAUAUAAUAUGUCUGCUCUUCAUUCCCAUACAAUGGCUUUUUUUUGCUGCUAGCACAUAUGUAUGGGUUCAGUACGUAUGGCACACAGAAAGGGGAGUGUGUUUGCCUACAGUGUCCCUCUGGAUACUCUUUGUUUAUAUUGAAGCAGCAAUUAGAUUUAAAGAUCUCAAAAAUUUUCACGUAGACCUUUGUCGUCCAUUUGCUGCUCACUGUAUUGGGUACCCUGUGGUGACUCUGGGCUUUGGCUUCAAAAGUUAUGUGAGCUACAAAAUGCGGUUAAGGAAGCAGAAGGAAGUGCAAAAGGAGAACGAAUUUUACAUGCAGCUUCUUCAGCAGGCCCUCCCUCCAGAGCAGCAGAUGCUACAGAAGCAAGAAAAAGAGGCAGAGGAAGCAGCCAAAGGAUUACCUGAUAUGGAUUCCUCGAUCCUUAUACACCACAAUGGAGGCAUCCCCGCCAACAAAAAACUGUCCACAACUUUGCCAGAGAUAGAAUAUCGAGAAAAAGGGAAAGAAAAGGACAAGGAUGCCAAAAAACACAACCUUGGAAUAAAUAACAACAAUAUACUACAACCCGUAGACUCUAAAAUACAAGAAAUUGAGUAUAUGGAAAACCAUAUCAAUAGUAAAAGAUUAAAUAAUGAUCUUGUGGGAAGUACAGAAAAUCUCUUGAAAGAGGACUCAUGCACUGCUUCCUCCAAAAAUUACAAAAAUGCCAGUGGAGUUGUGAACUCCUCACCUCGAAGUCACAGCACCACAAAUGGGAGCAUUCCUUCCUCAUCUAGUAAAAAUGAAAAGAAGCAAAAGUGCACUAGCAAGAGCCCAAGUUCACACAAGGACUUAAUGGAAAACUGUAUUCCUAAUAACCAGCUAAGCAAACCAGAUGCACUGGUAAGGCUGGAACAAGACAUUAAAAAGUUAAAGGCUGACCUGCAGGCCAGCAGGCAAGUGGAACAGGAGCUCCGCAGUCAGAUCAGCUCCCUCUCCAGCACCGAACGAGGGAUCCGCUCAGAAAUGGGCCAGCUCCGGCAGGAGAACGAGCUGCUGCAGAACAAGUUACAUAAUGCUGUGCAAAUGAAGCAAAAAGACAAGCAGAACAUCAGCCAGUUGGAGAAAAAGCUAAAAGCUGAGCAGGAAGCACGAAGUUUUGUAGAAAAACAGUUAAUGGAGGAAAAAAAAAGGAAGAAGUUAGAAGAAGCCACUGCCGCACGGGCUGUUGCAUUUGCUGCUGCAUCUAGGGGAGAGUGCACCGAAACCUUACGGAAUCGGAUCAGAGAACUAGAAGCAGAGGGCAAGAAGCUCACAAUGGACAUGAAGGUGAAAGAAGACCAGAUCAGAGAACUAGAAUUGAAAGUUCAGGAGCUUCGGAAGUAUAAGGAAAAUGAGAAGGACACCGAGGUGCUAAUGUCAGCCCUCUCCGCCAUGCAAGAUAAGACACAGCACCUGGAGAACAGCCUCAGCGCAGAGACAAGAAUCAAACUGGACCUGUUCUCUGCACUGGGCGACGCAAAACGGCAGCUUGAGAUUGCCCAGGGACAAAUCCUUCAGAAAGACCAGGAAAUCAAGGACCUAAAACAGAAGAUAGCCGAAGUCAUGGCCGUCAUGCCCAGCAUAACGUACAGUGCCGCCACCAGCCCCCUGAGCCCCGUUUCCCCCCACUAUUCUUCCAAAUUUGUGGAGACCAGCCCAUCUGGACUUGAUCCCAAUGCCUCUGUCUACCAGCCCCUGAAGAAAUGAAGGCCAGCUGUGGGUUUGCCCAACCAUUUGGUUACCAGAAGGCCUCACAAAGCAGCAUCUCUGGCAGUCAAGACAAAAAAAGUUUAUAUUGUAUUUUGUGGGACUGUAUAUGUUGUCAUUUUUAAAAGGGGGGAAGAUGACAUCCAAGUCUGAUUAGAACUGCCCAUCAGUUGUAAAUUUUUAGAAGACCUCACAGAACUUUGCAGUUUAUUUUUCUUGGCCAACACAUUAAAACCAUUCUUGGAUUUCAAGUAGCCAAUUUUGCCUUUUCUGUAUUCUUAAAUAGUUUCCUCUUGAAGAAAAAAAAAAGCAGAGUUUUUGCUUUUCAACGCUUUGUUUUGCUUUAUUCUUAAAUAAAUAAGCAAAAACUGCACAUUGGAUUUACGUGGGAUGAGGACAGAAGCUUAGUUUUUAGAGUGAAUGGUUAAGUUACCUAACAGCUUUGAUUUAUAGUUGCAUUAAAGAAGAUGAUUAUCGAUAUUAUAGAAAGUGAAAAUUGAUAGCCCCUCCAAGGACCAAACCAAUUCAAGGAGCAUCAUUUAGGCAGAGAGACUUGAGCGAGGUGACUAGCGUAGGGACGAACAGGGUUACGUUCCAAAAAUUCACCUCCCAACGCUAUUUAGUCCUAGGAAAUGGCGGGCAGCAGUCUUCUCACAGUGCCUGGGCAAAGACUUCAAGAGGAAACUUGACCACUCUAAACUGUUUCCCCCUUCUGUCAUCUCUUUCCUGUCUGUAUCAAGCUCACUGCAGAUCCUGCUGUGAAACUGGCGGGUAGCGGCUGUCCCUUGCCACCUGGCCACCUCUAUUAUUCCCUUUGAUGGAAAGCACCUGGUGUCCUGUGCUGUGUCGAGCGCCUGGGGAGGAAGCUGGUGGCGAUUGUGUAUGAGACUGUAACGUGGCUAAUAAAAGCUGUGGUCUAGGUUGGUUUUUUUUCCCCUCAUUUCACGUAACUGUGCUUUAUCGACUUUUCAUCAUCUUGUGUUUGACACUUUAAAAGAGGCGUGACUAUUCCUCAGCUCUUGUGCCAAGGAGGGUUGGUUUUUUGUUUAGUUUUUUUAAGAAUUUUAAAAUCAAAACUGCACAAAGAUAUUGGUUUCAACUCUGUAUUAUACAUUGGUAGAAAAAAGUGUUUGCACAGGCAACUUUUGGAAGUGUUUUAAAAUCUGGGUGGGGUGGGGGGAGGGACUGGGAGAGAGGGACAAAGCAAAAUUGUAUUGGAAACUAGGAAAAAUUAAGAAACCAAAUAGAUUGGUUUUGCUUCCUUGCCAUGGGUCCUGGAAGGACAUAGUUCUAAAAUUUCCUGUUAAUUGGCAUGUAUGUCUCAUUUAAAGCAAAUUAAGUAGGACAAGUCAGUGAACUAGAAGUAUUAAAAAGAAUCAUUCUUUUAAUCACAGGUCUUAUUUUGGGAUUAAAAUAAAAACUCCUAGCUUUAGCCAGGUGUGCAUGUUGCUGCCAUUUGCAUUUUUGAAUCAUCUUGUGUAAUCGUCACCAUGAAAGUGUUAUCAAAAUUGUCAUAGAUUUUUUCAUCUUUGUGCAAAAACAUGGAAAAUUGUCACUGACUUUGUGUUGAGGUUACCCCCAUUUUGCUGCCCUUCAGACACUAUUUUCGUUAAACACUUGGUCUUGGCUGCAUUCUUUUAUUUUUUCCCCCUGUGGGGUUCAAAAGAAUAAACAUUUUCUUACUGAUAAAA